AUGGAUACAGGAGGAACACAAAUAAAUUGGAAUGAAAUAAUGACGCAGCCUUAUGAAUUUGCAGUAGAAUGCCUGCAAAUAAACUAUUAUGGCGCAAAAAGAAUGAUUGAAACAUUUAUUCCCCUCCUACAGUUAUCUGAUUCGCCAAGGAUUGUAAAUGUUUCCUCCGGCAUUGGGAAGUUGAAGAAUAUGUCGAAUGAAUGGGCUAAAGGAAUAUUAAGUGAUGCUGAAAGCCUUACAGAAGAGAAAGUGGAUGANUCCAAACAUGUGAAUAAUGCUGGGAUUUUUGGAGCUAUAACAGAUGGUGAUGGUAUAAAAGCUGCAGUGACCGGUGUUAGUAGGAUAAGCAAAGCGAUCCAUCUCACAAAUCCUAGUUAUUUUCUUCUCCUUUUUGCAUUUGUUGGUCAGAGUCGAGGAACACAAAUAAAUUGGAAUGAAAUAAUGACGCAGCCUUAUGAAUUUGCAGUAGAAUGCCUGCAAAUAAACUAUUAUGGCGCAAAAAGAAUGAUUGAAACAUUUAUUCCCCUCCUACAGUUAUCUGAUUCGCCAAGGAUUGUAAAUGUUUCCUCCGGCAUUGGGAAGUUGAAGAAUAUGUCGAAUGAAUGGGCUAAAGGAAUAUUAAGUGAUGCUGAAAGCCUUACAGAAGAGAAAGUGGAUGAGGUACUGAAUGAGUUUCUAAAAGACUUCAAAGAGGGUUCCUUACAAGCCAAAAGUUGGCCUUCUUUUGGAUCAGCAUAUACAGUCUCAAAAGCAGCCAUGAACGCUUACACGAGGAUUCUAGCAAAGAAGUACCCUACUUUCUGCAUCAAUUGUGUCUGUCCUGGCUAUGUCAAAACAGAUAUAAACUUCAAUACUGGUAUACUAUCUGUAGAAGAAGGCGCGGCAAGUCCGGUGAGGCUAGCUCUGCUGCCUGAUGGGGGGCCUUCUGGGAUGUUCUUUGUUCGGAAUGAAGUGAAUAAUGCUGGGAUUUUUGGAGCUAUAACAGAUGGUGAUGGUAUAAAAGCUGCAGUGACCGGUGUUAGUAGGGUGAAUAAUGCUGGGAUUUUUGGAGCUAUAACAGAUGGUGAUGGUAUAAAAGCUGCAGUGACCGGUGUUAGUAGGACAGGAGGAACACAAAUAAAUUGGAAUGAAAUAAUGACGCAGCCUUAUGAAUUUGCAGUAGAAUGCCUGCAAAUAAACUAUUAUGGCGCAAAAAGAAUGAUUGAAACAUUUAUUCCCCUCCUACAGUUAUCUGAUUCGCCAAGGAUUGUAAAUGUUUCCUCCGGCAUUGGGAAGUUGAAGAAUAUGUCGAAUGAAUGGGCUAAAGGAAUAUUAAGUGAUGCUGAAAGCCUUACAGAAGAGAAAGUGGAUGAGGUACUGAAUGAGUUUCUAAAAGACUUCAAAGAGGGUUCCUUACAAGCCAAAAGUUGGCCUUCUUUUGGAUCAGCAUAUACAGUCUCAAAAGCAGCCAUGAACGCUUACACGAGGAUUCUAGCAAAGAAGUACCCUACUUUCUGCAUCAAUUGUGUCUGUCCUGGCUAUGUCAAAACAGAUAUAAACUUCAAUACUGGUAUACUAUCUGUAGAAGAAGGCGCGGCAAGUCCGGUGAGGCUAGCUCUGCUGCCUGAUGGGGGGCCUUCUGGGAUGUUCUUUGUUCGGAAUGAAGUAUCUACAUUUGAAGGAAAUUGA